UUUUCUGGUGAUCAACUCUGCAAUAAAACAAUUUCAACAUGACUAAGACCAAGAGAGUUCUCACACUUUUCCUAAGGUUCCUUGCCAUUGGAGCAACAAUAGCAGCAGUGAUUGUAAUGCUCACAAGCCAUGACUCCACUCAGGUCCUAAACCUCACCUUCACUGCCAAAUAUAGCAAUGACCAAGCAUUCAAGUUCUUUGUGAUAGCAGAAGCCAUAGCAUGUGGAUACAGCAUAAUUCUCCUUUUCACAUGUUCCCAGACUUCACUUUGGCGUUUGGUUCUGCUUCUGGAUGUGGUGAUAGCAAUGCUACUCUCUUCAAGUGUGUCAGCAGCACUGGCAAUAGCGCAUGUGGGCAAGAAAGGCAACACUCAUGCUGGUUGGUUACCAAUUUGUGGACAAGUUCCUAAAUUUUGCGACCAUGUCACCGGAGCUCUUGUUGCUGCUUUCGCCGCAGCUAUAAUUUACUUUCUGCUUAUUUUUUCUUCGCUUUACUCUGUGCAGAACACCCUCUUCUUGUAAAACUAGCAACACAACCAGUCAUUUGUUUUUUGUUUCUACGUAUGUAGCAUAUUUUCGUUCGUUCACAGAUAGAUAAAUCAAUAUCAUUGCACUGAUUCA